AUGGAUUAUUCAGGGAUUACCCGUGGCUCAAUUCGUGCUGAAGCCCUUAAGAAAUUGGCCGAAUUGACGGUUCAAAAUCCAUCUUCAAAUUUAAAAGAAGUUAAUACUGGAAUUCAAAAAGAUGAUUUUUCCAAAUUAUUAUCGGCCACUCCCAAAUUACUCAACUCAAGGGGUAAAUUGAACGGCAGUGUAAGUAAUGGUGGUGGUGCUGGUGGUAGUAGUGGUGUUCGUGAUAGAUUAUCUGAAGUUGCCAUUGCUAAAAAGGAAUACGAAGUGAUUAUUGCCCUUAGUGAUGCCACUAAAGAACCCAUGAAAGUUGACUCUCAAAUUCAAGCUUUAAUCAACAAGUUUAAAGCUUAUCUCUUUGAAUUACCAGAUCAAAAAUUUGCUUAUUCAAUUGUUUCUAAUUCAGCCACCAUUUCACCAUGGAAUUUAUUAGGGGAAAAAUUGACUACUGGGUUGAUCAAUCUUGCUAUGCAAAAUACCAAACAAUAUUUAGAUGAAGUUGUUGAUAUUUUCCAAGAGUUUAUUGAGAAAUUUUUCGACAAUAUGAAUCUUCAUUUGACUCAUUUCUUGACUUUAGCAGGGGUAUUGGAUGGGUUUAAUCAAAAUGCCAAAUUUUUAAGUAUUUCAUCCAGAACUUAUAAAAUUUUCAUUGCCUUAGACUCAAACAUAGAUGAUGCAGAUUUUUUGAAUGACGUUGAGAAUUACACUGAUUAUCUUUAUGAUGAACCAAAUGAAUUCCAAGAUUUAUUGACUCGUGAUUUUGUUAUCAAUUUCUCACCAAUCUUGUAUUUGGAAAGUUUGUCGAGAUUAAUGUGUGCUAUUGUUAAUGGAAUCAUUGAUAAUAAAGAUCAAUCUUUGUUGCAUUAUAUUUUAGAAAAAGUUGCCAACAAGUAUGAUCAAGUUGACGAUAAAUCGAACCUGGCAGUUUUUGCUAAAGACAAUUUGGAUUUUUCAAGAGCUCAUAUGGAUAUUAUCAACAAUUUAACUGGAUUGGCUUUACGUAAAUUGGAAUUUUUGGACAGAGGAGAAACUUAUAUUGUUUACUCAACUUAUGAUCGUUUGAAAUUGGGUUAUUUGGCCAAGAGCCAUAACUUACAAAUUUUGAGUUGUGGUAUGUUUACUGAUAAUUUGGAUUUGAAAACAUCAAGAAAAUUAUUUAAAUCAAGUAUUGAAAUAAGAGAUGUUAUGUUGGAUCCAGAUUUAGGGUUGACUGUUUUUGAAUUUGGUUCUUUAUUGGUUUAUAAGGAUGAAUCUAUUGGUCCCUCAUUGACCAGAGCAUUCACUUCAGUUAUUGCCAAUCCUAAAUUAGACCCACAUUAUUGUUUGAAAGCUUCCAAAGCCGUUGGAUUAGGUACGAAAAAAUUGCCUCAAGACACUGUGGUGACAACAAUUUAUUCAUUAACAAAUCUUUUAUUUGUUACUAAUGAAGGGUUAUUAUUACCUUCUAAAAGUACCAAAAGAUUUAACACCGGUUUGAGUGGAGGUGAUAAUUUAUUAGGAAGAGAAGCAUUUGCAUCACCUAUGUCAUCUAGAAGAACUUCAUUCACUUCUUUCUCUCAAGCUUUUAGUAAAGGUGCUAAUUCUAGUGAAUUUGAUGAAAAUGAUUACCGUAAAGUUUGUGAAAAUGCCGUUACGGGUAUUAUUGAAGUUUGUGAAAAAUGUAAUGAUGAAAGUGUUCCAGCAUUGACUUGUACUAUUUUAUCACAAAAGGUCAGCAAAAUCGAUUCACCAAUUGGACCAUUGAUUUUGAAAGGGUUAAGUUCAUGUGCCCCAUUUUUACCUGAACGUGAAUUUGUUAUUUUGAUUAGAUUAUUAAACAAGAUAUCAUUUGAUGCAUUAGAGAAGAAAAAUAUGGUGUUGAUGGGCUAUUUAACAGAAAGUAAAAUGUUACUUGCUGAAAAAUUAAAGGUAUCAAACCCGUUAUUUACGGUUUAUCUUCAUGAAUUAUUACAAACAAUCAACAGUAAAGGUGAUGUUCAACAAUUGGAACAUCAUAGAUCCCAUAAUGAAAUUAGUGAAGUUGGUGAUCAAAUUGCUAUUUAUUUGAAACCAUUAGCUGCAUUGUUGCCUGAUGUUCAUUUAGGUGAGAAACCAUUAGAGAUUAAAAGUACUGUCACUAUCAACUUGUUUAGAAACAUUUGGUUCAAUAUGGUUGUUCAUGGAUACAAUAUCAAUUCAAAGAAUACCAAAACUUUCCGGAAUGAAUUAGAAAGAAUUGCUUAUAAUUCACCACCAUUGGCUUCAGAAUUGUCAUGGGACAGAACCGAAACUUCCAUUGAAUUAAACACAGUUUUAAGAAGAGGUUCAUCCAAUCAUAAUAUCAAAGAUCAUCGUCAUUAUUUGGGCAACAUUUUUGAAGUCCAUCGUAGUUUAUCUUAUCCGAAAUUGAUGUUUUUAUCUGCUGCAGUGUUUGUUGAAUCUUUAAGAGUUAGAAAUGGUAAUUGUUCGGAUUCAUUAUUGUAUUUCACUGAUCCAACAUUUAAGAUUUCUGGGGUUGACAAAUAUUUAGGACAUAUUUCAUUUAAAAUUGUCAAAGAUUUCAUUCAAUUAAUUAAUACUGGUGCCAAUAAACAAUUUAGUGCUGACCAUAUUGCGGAACAAUUGACGACUAUGUUGAUCUAUUGUUGUUAUCCAGUUCCAGAAAUGCAAGAUGCUGCCAUGCAAUGUUGUGAUUUAUUAAUCAGUAGAGUGCCAUCGUCAUUGUGCCACAAGAAGAGUUUAUUCGCUGUAUUUGAUUUAUUGACUUUAUUAUUUGAUAGUAUUGCUGAUGCUGAUGUUCAUGAAUAUGAACCCACCACAGUUUUCAGAGCAAGAUGUACUGGUAUUAAAGUGUCCAUGUCUGACGACUAUCAUUGGAGAACCAGUACAUUCAACAGAUUCCAUGAUAAAUGUAAACAUUGGCUUAAAAUCUUGUUACACAAAUGUAACAUUGAUGUCAAGAGUUUAAUUCAAUCGUACAUUUCUGCCAAUGAAAGUUUACAGUUUGAUAGUCCUGUUCAAUUUGGGUUAUCCUUUGCCUUGGAAAUGGCGGGUGCCAUUUCAUCUAAUGAUCGUGAAUGGUCCGCAAUUACCUAUGCCAAUAGUUCCAAUUUGAAUGCCUUGCCCACUAUUGUAUCCCAAUUAUCAUGGAGAAGUAGUUUUGUUACUGAAAUCAUGAAUAAAUUACCAUUGCGUACCGAUGAAGAAACUGAUUUUGCCUUCCAAGCUAUUAGAGAAAAAGUUUAUUACAUUAAAGCCAGAUUAGUUCCAGGAGACAAUGGAGGAUUUGAUUAUCCUACCAAUGAUGAAAUUAUGAAAUUAUUGAGUGAAAUUGCUGGGUUAACUUUAUUGAGUGAUGUUAACAAUGCUGAAUUGAUUAGAUAUUUAGUGGAAAUCCCAUUCACAAUGUUUGUUCCACUGAUUAUGAUUACUGCUAGUGGUGUUUGGUUUGCUGUUAUGAAAGAUAAACCACAAUUAUCAGUACUUUUGUUGAGUGAAAUUGCCAAAAAAUGGGAAGAAUCUAUACAAUUACGCAAAGGGGUCUUUUCACAAGAAUUUGAUCUUGUUCAUCCUGAAUUUGAGAAAAUGGAAUAUGCACCAAGUAAUAGAGUAUUGGUUAAUAAGGAAGCUGACAAUGCUCAAAAAAAUUUCGCUCCUCACUUAGAGAUUAUUAGAUUAUUUGCAUCUAAUUUUGAAGCUACAUUGAAUCAACUGGAUCAUUUAUUGAAGAUUUUCACUAGAUUUGUUGAAGUUGGCUUGGAAAAUUUGAAAAUUGCCAGUUAUCAUCCAUUAUCUCGUUUAGUUCGUUUUGAAUUGGUUAAAUUUUCUUUUGAAUUAUUACAAUAUCAUAUCAAAUUAGGUUCCAGAAGCAGCAAAUAUUUAAGUGAAUUAAUCUUGGAUGGGGCAUUGACUUGGUUUAGACAAAGAAGCACAUAUCCAUUUGGAGGUAAUAAAUUAAAAUUUAAGAGUGAAUUAAUACUUUUAAAAGAAGUUGCCAAAUUUGUCACUGGAUUAAAUAAUUUCCAACUGGAAUUGAUUGAUAUGAAAGCUAAAAUUCUUUUAUAUUUUAUGGAUGAUGAGAUUUGUAAAUUUACUGUGUGGUUACAUUCAAUGAAUCCUUCAGAUACUAGUGGUACUUAUGUUAAUCAACAAAUUGGAGGUCAACACCUUAAAUUUGCUUAUGAAAUUGAUCCAAUUUUGGCAGUGAAUUUGGCCAUGAGAUACAAAUUAAAGAGUUUAGACGAAUUAUUACAACAAUUGAUAAUUAAAGACCCAUUACCUGCUAUCAGUUACCCUGAUGCCGUACAAUUUUUCAUUGGUAUCAAUGCUGGAACUCAUAUGCCAUCGUAUCAUUUAUUGUUUUGGGCUCCAUUAGCUCCAAUUGAUAGUAUCACAUUAUUUUUACCACCAUUUGGAUCCAAUUCAUACAUUUUACAGUACACCAUGAGAUCAUUAGAGAGUCAUGACGUUAACUUAACAUUCUUUUAUGUACCACAAAUUGUUCAGUCAUUAAGAUUCGAUUAUAAAGGUUAUGUUGAAAGAUUUAUUGUUGAGACAGCUAAAGUGUCACAAUUAUUUGCUCAUCAAAUUAUUUGGAAUAUGUUGGCUAAUAGUUAUAAAGAUGAAGAUAGUCAAGAACCCGAUGAUUUGAAACCUACUUUGGAUCGUAUCCAACAAACAAUGUUGAAGAGUUUUAGUGCUCAUGAUUUGAAAUUUUAUGAAAAGGAAUUUGGAUUUUUCAAUGAAGUCACCAGUAUUUCUGGGAAAUUGAAACCUUACAUUAAGAAAUCUAAAGCUGAAAAGAAGGAAAAAAUUGAUGAAGAAAUGGCAUUGAUUAAAGUUGAACCAGGUGUAUAUUUGCCAUCCAAUCCUGAUGGGGUUGUUAUUGAUAUUAAUCGUAAACUGGGUAGACCAUUACAAUCACAUGCCAAGGCACCAUUUAUGGCGACAUUUAAAAUCAAGAAGGAAUUGGUUGAUUAUGAUGAACAAGGUCAUAAACAAUCAUUUGAAAUUGAAAAAUGGCAAAGUGCUAUUUUCAAAGUUGGUGAUGAUUGUCGUCAAGAUGUUUUAGCCUUACAAUUGAUUUCCAUGUUUAGAACCAUUUGGAGUAAUGCAGGAUUAGAUUUAUAUGUGUUCCCAUAUAGAGUUACUGCAACUGCUCCUGGGUGUGGUGUUAUUGAUGUUUUACCAAAUUCAACUUCAAGAGAUAUGUUGGGAAGAGAAGCUGUUAAUGGAUUAUACGAAUAUUUCAUUACUAAAUUUGGACCUGAAAAUCUGAUUGAAUUUCAAAAUGCAAGAAAUAAUUUAAUCAAAUCAUUAGCAGCUUAUUCGAUUAUUUCUUAUUUGUUGCAAUUCAAAGAUCGUCAUAAUGGUAAUAUUAUGUAUGAUGAACAAGGUCACAUUUUACAUAUUGAUUUUGGGUUCUGUUUUGAUAUUGUUCCUGGUGGGGUUAGGUUUGAGGCUGCACCAUUUAAAUUGACUCAUGAAAUGAUUAUGGUUUUAGGAGGUAAUGAUCAAACUCAAUCAUUUAAAUGGUUUGAAGAGUUGUGUGUGAAAGGUUAUUUGAGUUGUCGUCCAUAUAUGGAAUUUAUUGUUAGAUCUAUAAUUCCAAUGUUGGAAAGUGGAUUACCAUGUUUUAAAGAGAAUACCAUCAAGAAUUUACGACAAAGAUUUGUUCCUACUAAAUCGGAAAAGGAAGCAGCAUUAUACUUUAGAAAAUUGAUCAAGAAAUCGAUGGAAAGUUUCUACACUAAAGGUUAUGAUGAAUUCCAAAGACUUACCAAUGGUAUUCCUUACUAG